AUGUCUCCUAUCAAGAACAAGCCUUUGAAGCUCUACAUUUCAGCUGCAGAAGGCUCUACUGGAUGCCUUGUAGCACAAGACAAUGAGCAAGGGAAAGAGCAAGCUGUGUAUUAUUUAAGUAGACUGUUAACUCCUUGUGAAAGGAGUUUUCCAUAUGUCCCUCAAAAGGCGGUAAAGAGCCAGGCCUUAGCAGAUUUUCUUGCUGAUCAUCCUUGUGUGGAUAUCGGCAAAGAAUCUGAUACAGGACUGAGCGCAUUUGAAAUCUCACUCACUCCUUGGACUCUUCUUUUUGAUGGAUCAAAAACUCAAAUGGUCUCAGGCUGUGGAGUUAUCAUUAUUUCUCCUCAAGGCCUAAGAACAGAGCUAUCUUUUCAAUUCGAUUUUCCAUGUACAAAUAAUCAAGCUGAAUAUGAAGCAGUGGUAAUAGGCCUUGAGAUCCUAAGAGAUCUUGAGGCCAGAGAAGUAAGGGUUAUAGGGGAUUCAAACCUUGUAAUCAACUAUUUGGCAGGGACGUUUAAAUGCUAUAGUGAGGAGUUAGCUCCUUAUUACAUGGCAGCGGUGCAGUUAAUUCAGGACUUUGAUAACGCCUCAACGGGCCUGAAGCUAUCACCAGAGACUCUUCAUAAGAUCAUUACAGUCCAAAAAAGGCUACUCCCUUCUGUAAGGAGAAGAGGUUUAGGCUUAGAAGUAUUUGUUUCAGACCUUCCAGUUGAAGAAGAAGAGGAGGGUAAGGAGGAUUGGCAUGAUCCCAUCAUUACUUACCUAAAACGGCCUCAUAUGGGAGCUAGUAGGAAGAUUAAGAGAAGAGCAUUGAGUUAUGUUCUUCUUGGGGAUGAAUUGUACAAGAAAGGCCUUGAAGAUGAUUUGUUGUUGAGAUGUUUAUGCCAUGCCGAGGCCAUGAAGGUGAUGGCAGAAGUUCACGAAGGGAUUUGUGGAGCACAUCAGUCCGAUUACCAGGCUGUAGUAAAGCCUUGGCCUUUUAGAGGCUGGGCUUUGGACAUAAUUGGGAUGAUUUAUCCCCCUUCAUCGAAACAACACAGGUUCAUUUUGGUAGCCACAGAUUAUUUUACAAAAUGGGCAGAGGCCAUUCCAUUAAAAUUUGUGGAUCAACAGGAUGUGAUUAAAGUUAUGAAGGAAAUGAUUAUCCAUAGGUUUGGAAUACUGGAGCAUUUUGUGGCGGACAAAGGCUCAGUGUUCUUUGGAGCACAAGUUCGGGCCUUUGCAAGUCAAUUCAACAUACAGCUCUCUCAUUCAACUCCCUAUUAUGCACAAGGGAAUGGUCAAGCUGAGUCAACCAAUAAGACCUUGAUUGUGAUUAUUGAGAAAAUGGUAGAAAAUAAUUCAAGGGUUUGGCAUGAGCUCCUUUCUGAUGCAUUAUGGGCUUAUAGGACUUCAAAGAAAGAGGCCACAAAUGUUACUCCUUACAUGCUGGUAUAUGGCCAUGACCCCGUACUUCCUAUGGAAGUGACGGUUAGAUCUGCCAGAAUUGCUUACCAAAAUGGCUUAAGUCCUGUUGAUUAUAGCCAAGCCAUGUUAAUGGAGAUGGAAGACCUUGAUGAGGUGAGAUUAGCUGCUUUAGACCAUAUGUUGGUUCAAAAGCGUCAUGUGGCCAAAGCUUAUAAUAGAAGAGUAAGAAGGAAGAGUUUCACUGAAGGAGAUUUGGUGUGGCAAGUUGUUCUUCCUUUGGGCGCACAAACUGCAAGAUACGGAAAAUGGUCUCCAACGUGGGAAGGGCCUUAUCAAAUUUACAAGGUGUUUGAAGGUAAUGUUUAUCUUUUAAUGGGUUUAGAUGGUGGAAUGCACAUACUAUCAACGAAAAGUGAAGUGGAGAGAGAGAGAGAGGCCAGCUUUAAAAGGGGCGAUGCUGGCAUUAGUUUUGAGAAGUAG